AUGUGGAUGUUGUUUACAAAGGUGAACUACAACACAGAUGUGGGAGAAGCCCUGGUCAAAGCAGUCCAGUACACCAAAAGUGAAACAGGAGAGAAAUCUGUGUCAUCAUUCCCAGCAAAGACUGGGAUUCUGCUGGUACAGCCGGAUAUGAGAAUGAUGAUGCUGGUCAGUCUUUUAGCCGAGUGUGGAGUUCAAGCUAGCCGAUGGCCCGUUGGUUUCAGAACAACGUCUAAACUACCGAAGGUUCCUGUGAUCGCUGUCUGGACCAAGAUCCGGAAGUGGAAAAUAGAAUCUAAAUUCAACACAAACCAGCCAGAGCCACCAUUUUGGAGCUGGGAAAAUCUCAGCCUGGGAAUGUUUUUCUGCGUGCAGCACUGGAAUGUUUCAUAUGAUAAGAUGGAAGUAGGAGAAGAUGUAAGGAGACUUGGUAGAAUGUGGUGCCAUCUACCAGAUGUCAAGAGGCAAGGCAAGAAGCAGAAAAAGGGGGUGGAAGAAGAUCCAGUCAGGCCCGUUUGGCUCCAGCAUCCGCCCCUGCGCUGCCAUCGAUCUUUUACAGUGCUGGGUCACUGGUACCAAUACAACCAGCCCACCUUACCC